GACGACACGUGACGCCGGCGAAUCUCGUCUCGCCGGCCGCGAGUAUCGCCACCGCCGUCACCGCCACCGCCACCGCCACCCGCAGCAACACCACCAGGAGCACCAGCAGCCUCCUCGCGCGCUCUCUCCGCGCGCGCGAGCGCUCUCUCGAGGCGACCGACCGCUUCCCGCGCGAGCCGCUCUUUAUUAGUCUACCGCGGACCAUCGUGAACCCCUUUGGUUGCCUCGCCGGCUCCACGCCGGACCCCGACGUUUCCCGACCUUCCUCCUAAACUUGGUCGUCGCCCGACCGAACAGCCGAGGAGGAUCCUUGUGAAAGGGGGAGAAAGGAAGGAGAGGAUCGGAGGAAGCGAGGCCGGGGAGAGUUCGCCACUCCACACGGAUCCACACGGACCGGAAAACGGUUGGGGAGCGAGAGAGAGAGGGAGAGAGGGGGGGAGAGAGAGAGAGAGAGAGAGAGCGGGCGGGCGGCGGCAGGCCGUGUCGCGCGAGAGGAAGGGAGAGGCGAGUCGGUGUGGAAGAAGAAGAAGAAGAAGAGGAGGAGAACAAGAGGACGGACAGAGCGAGAAAGAGCAGGAUCCUCCAGUGAUACGAUACCGGGCAGCACGCGCGCCGGUACGUCGGUUUUAUCGGGCGCAAACUACGACCGAGCGAACCUUCGACUUCCGAGCGAAGCGCGCGAUUUCGAACGCUCCGCUGUGACAAAUCCGACUCUCUUUUCUCUUCGCUUCGUCCACGAUAAUCGUCUGCCUGGAUUCUCUGCCGGAGAAUCGAAUUGAACGCGAUUCCAUCGCGUCUCGCGGGCCAAAGUUUUUCGAACAACAACACUUGUUCGCGGAAGAAAGAUUUCUCCCGACACUUUCUUCCUUCGCUUGGUGUUACCUUCUCCGGGAGAAAUUUGAUCCACCGGUGCCGCGCUUUCUACCUGCCGUCCGAAGGAAAAUAAGAGAAAGAUAAUAACAAUAUAUAUGAUAUAAAUAUCUUUCGUGAAGAUCGUUCGUGAAAAUCUCUCCUCAUCUCGCCCUUUCCCCUCCCCUCAAAGUGGAAACGCAAAUAUCGUGGAACGACAGUGCGGAUGUCGACGCGCGGACCUGUCCAACGCAUCGAACGCGAGUGUCAUCGUCAUGUAUUAUUAGCCCAACUGGAUUAGCCAGAGGAGAACUGAUCGAUCGCGACAGUGGUUCGUCGACGCGUAUCGUCCGCGAUACUUCUUCCGUUUCGUUUCUCGUUGCUCCAUCGUCCAUCGCGCGAACUCUCUGCUCGACGUGUGACGCGUCGUGACAUGUGCGAUAGUCCGCGAGCCUCCGCCUCGUUGUCCUCCUGCUAUUCGUCCGUAUCGUCGUCCUCCUCCUCGUCGUGGUCGUCGUCCUCGACGAGGAAAGCGAGAGAGUAUCGGGUGGCCGCGCGGAAGCAAGGAAAGAGGAGCACGUGGACGACUGGCACCGCGACGAGGGCCGGCGGCGCGACAGGUUGAAAAGAUGCUGGCACUGGCGAUGCGCCGCGAACACACGACCGGGCGCAGCAAUUACGAGCCCGCGAAUCCGCUCGCGGGUUUCGACCACUUGCAGCACAACAGCGGGAACCCGUUCGCUGUUGUGCCCUCGUCGUCGGAGGGCAGGCUUCGAGAAACCGGCCCUGAGCCCGACGGCGAGUUGCAGGAAUUCGUGGACAUCGCUCAGGUGCAACAGCUUCUGCAGCAGCAGCAGCACCAGCAGCAGCACCAACAACAGCAACAACAGCAUCAGCAGCAGCAGCAACACCAGCAGCAACCGCAACAGCAGCAUCACCACCAUCAUCAUCAGCAACAGGUGGCGGCCGCCGCGGCUGCGUCCUGCAUCUGGGGAGCGGUUUACCCGCCGCCGCCGCCCGCGCUCGGAUACCAUCAUCACCAUCACCACCAUCACCAUCCGCCGCCACCACCCUCAGGCGAGGACACGCAGUGCGGUACCGAGGAGAUUGUCGCCGCCAGCCAGGGAGGCGACCAACUCCAGAGGAUGACGAUGGACGGCAUGGAAGUGGUGGGCUCGCAACCCCACGCGGCCACCAGCCCGUUCUUGCUCUCACCGCCACCCCUUGGACAUCACCACCAUCAUCAUCAUCCUCACGCCACCUUCAAUCUGCAAACGGUGCAACUCAGUUUCGACGCGUGUCUACCGUACAACUCGGCGACGUCCUCGAAUUCGAUCGUAUGCGGCGUUGGCGGCACGUCAACACCGGCCGCCACCACUUGCACCUCGUCCACCAGCUGCAACAAGACGAUACCGAGCCUGUCGCUGGCCCCUUGUGCACCCUUGCAAGCCCAGCAUCAAAACAGUGCCGAUACCACGGAUCACCAUGGCCGGCAUCAUCAACACCACCACCAACGGCUCAACGAUCACCAACAUCACCGGCACGUCGACGCUUCCUCACCUUCGAGCGACUCGACCGACGGGAAACGACGUUUGCAGUCCGUCAACGAGGAGAAGGACUGCUCCAGGGAGUGCAGAGACGAUCUUCAGGAGUCUAACGAUAAGGAUAAAACAGGUGACCUAAACACGCCGGUUACCACCAGCAGCGAUUUACCGUCCUUCUUCGGCCCCUCCGCGCUCGUCGAGCCACCUCCUAUUUCAGGCAGCCUGGCGGGCGAAGACCUAUCCCUGGAAGAGGCGACCGCGGAGGACGAUGAAACGGGUACCUCGACGGGCAGGGACCAUCGACACCAUCAUCACCAAGAGUCUCAAGACCAAGGAACGCCUGGCGCCCCUCCCUCCGCUAGUCCACCGCGUCAUCACCAAGCUCAAGACGACGCGGAUCGCUGCAACGUGUUGCAGGGCGGCGUGAUCCUCUACUCGCCCCAUUCCACCUCCUCGGUGUCCUCGGCGCCCGCCUCCAGCGUCAACAUCUGCAACGUGCCCACGCUGACCUACCACGGGGUCUUCACCACCACCUGCACCCAAUCCUCGCCCCUGAACGCUCAGAAUCAACAGCAGCCGCCCCAGCAGCAGCAGCAGCAGCAGCAGCAACCGACCAGCCAGGAGCUCUGGGGUCCGUUGACCUCCCCCACUUUGACCUUGACGAAUCCACCGUUCCUCCACUCGGCGCUUCACUCGGCCCCGUACGGUGGCGAGACCGUCGAACUUCUACCCGUCGAGUCAAAACCACCCCCGCCACCGGGUUACCACGACACGCCGACCACGACGCAGGCCGCGUGGUUGACCACGCACGAGGACCCUUACGAUCCGAAUCUCCUGUCCCACCAUCAUCACCCUCACCACCGCCAAGAGGCUACGUUGAAGCAAGAGCCUACCGGGGCGAGCGGUUACGGGCCGGCCGUCCAACAGCAGCAGCAGCAGCAGCAGCAGCAGCCUCAGCCGAGCCAGCAGCAGCAGCAGCAGCAGCAGCAGCAACCACCACCGCCCUCGGCAGGUACAACGGGCGUCCAGCUGGCCGAGUACAAUCCGAGCACGUCGAAGGGACACGAGAUUCUCUCGCAAGUUUACCAGCAGAGCCCUCUGCCGCUCAGGCUGGUCCCGGUGAAGCCGCGCAAGUACCCGAAUCGACCGAGUAAAACGCCGGUGCACGAGCGGCCGUACGCUUGCCCCGUGGACGGGUGCGACCGCAGGUUCUCCCGCAGCGACGAGCUCACCCGGCAUAUCCGUAUCCACACGGGCCAGAAGCCGUUCCAGUGUCGCAUCUGCAUGCGCUCGUUCUCGAGGAGCGACCAUCUCACCACCCACGUGAGAACGCACACGGGCGAGAAACCGUUCUGCUGUGAUCAAUGCGGCCGAAAGUUCGCGAGGAGCGACGAGAAGAAGCGGCACGCCAAAGUCCACCUGAAGCAGAGGCUGAAGCGCGAGGCCACCCACGCCUCGGCGAGAAAUCACCCUCAGAGCCACGCUUCGCCUCCUUGCAACCAGUAAUCGUGUCGUCGUCGAGGAUUCGCGGAUACUUUUCGCCGAUACCGUCGAUCUCCACGCUCAUUCCUUCGAAACCUUGCCAGUCGUACUCGCGACGCUGCUUUCACAUCUUGCCGGCCGACGAGGAAACGACGGAGACCUUUAGGCGGAAGACACACGGACUGCCGUCACCGACUGAUCCGUCAUCGAUCGUCUCUGGCACGCAAGCGAUCGCCGAGUACCAUCACCACCGAGGAUUCCCCUCAAAUUGGCCAAAUCGAGACGGCAUUUUCGACGGUGUAUAUAUAUAUAUACAUAUAUAUAUAUAUAUUUCAUAUAUAUAUUUUAUAUAUAUAUAUAUAUAUAUAUAUAACGACGCGUGAUACCGAGAUUAGUCUCGGAUAAUAGUACGUAAGAAUCACUAAUUGCGAAGGAUUUUUCGUAAAAUCGUUGUAAAUAAUUGUGGAUAUAAUUUUUAACCGGGAUAAAUUGAACACGUAUAUAUAUACAUAUAUAUACAUAUAUUGAAAACGACGCGUCCGUGUAACGGUGUCGUCGUUCCCUACGAAGGGUUGUUCGCGUUCCAGAGAAUCUUUCUUAUGUGAUCUCUUCCGUUAGGGAACGAUCGACCGGCGAACGCGAAAUCGGGCGGUAUAUGUCGCCUCUACUCUCACGUUUUUCCAUCGGGAUCUUAUUUCGUCUCGUUUCCUUCUCUCCCGCUUCCUAUUUUGCCUAAGGUAAUAGCAUUACACGAGAAAGAGAGAGAGAGAGAGAUUGACUAGUUGCAUUUAGCUCGGAGGAACGAAUACGGGCGAAAAUUCUAGCUUUAUCGAGGUAGCGUAAGGUACUGUUAGGUUGUUUUCUCGGCGACGACGGUCGGUAUCAGUCCUCGACAACGGUGAUGUUUUUAGCGGUAAACGGGAAGAACGGGAGAGAAAGGGAGAGAGAGGAUGAAGGCGAGGAGAAGAUAUUCGAAGCGAGGCGACGCGUUGGAGAUUGUUAUUUACGGCGGUCGCGUUUUAUGCCUCUGUUUGCGAUCGGGAACGAGAUGCAGAUGCGAAAAUCGGCGUUAACCGAGAGAGCCGCGUAGAUACACGCGCGAAAUAUGCCCGGUGUCACGAAAUAUUCUCGAACGAAUCACGGUAGGAUCGAUACCGCCCGCAGCUUCCGGGAAUCAGGGAGGAAUUCGCCGAAGGAGAAGGAGAGAACGAAACGAAACGGCGCUCUCGGUCGCAUGCAAACGAGCGCGUGAGAAGAAAAGAAAAGAAAAGGAAGGGAAAGAAGAGAAAAGAAAAAAAUCCCGAGCGCGCUUCUUGAAACGAUCACGGGAGGGAAUCGCGGGUAUCGACGAAUUUUUCCAACUCUCUCAUCCAUCGAAACCGGUCGAUGUCUUUUAGCCGAACAUCAUACGAUUUUCGGCCCGUGAUCACCCGAUUCCGGACGCGUUUUGAAACGUUCGACGCGUAUGUAUUUUCUAACUAUUUUUAUAAAUCGUGACAUGAAAAGAUGAAAAAGAACGUAGUUCGUUCGCGUAACGAUGAGAGAGUCGUUAAUUAUCCGCGUAACACACCCUGAUUCGUUGCAAGAUGCGAUCGACACCGACGGACGAUCGAUGUACACAAAGACAAACACACACCCACACACACACACACGUACACACGUACACAUACUAUUUUGCGUCCUCGAACCUUGUGUCUUUCAAUCAUACAAUCGAAAUAAUCGCUUCUUAGAGUUAUUUGUUAUCGUCCUCUACCUCUGAAACUCGUUCACUCGUUCCUACCACACCUUUCGUGCUCCGGACACGCUAAAUCUCGGACUUUUACCGUGUCCUUCUUGCCACCCUUUCCCUCGCUCCACUCGAAUCCCUCGCCGCGUAGAACUCACACCAUCACGUAGGGCAUCCUCCGCUUCUCAGAAGUCCCAACCCUUAUCGCGUAUUCCCGUGAAUUAACCCCCAUUUAACCGCCAGUAAACCCCACGAGUAAACUAUGUAAUUAGUUAGCGAUUAUAUCGUUGUUGAACCGGGAGUUUUUCCUUUGUAAAUAUGUAUAUAACGUGUUAUACAUAUGUACACAUGUAUAAGUUACGUCUAAUCGUGCCUGGAGACGGCAGACGGAAAAACAAAAGAGAAAGAGAGAAACCCCCUCAAAUCUUUCACUUUCCUCCUUUUAAUCUUGCCGCCCUACUUUCCCUCCUCCUCCUCCUCCUCCUCCUCCUCCCCCUCCUCCUUCUCCUCAUCCCCCCUUCUCAAUCGCGAUCGUUUACCUGUAUAAAAUAUUAAGUUUAGCCGCGAUUAAUAUUAUGUAUAUGUUGCUCUAUUUAUUAACAAAAUGAAAAUCUCUCUCUCCUAUAUAUAUAUGUAUCUAUAAUAUAUAUAUAUAUAUAAAAUGAUACAUAUAAUAGUUAUAUAUAUUUAUAUAUAAAACGAGGAGAUAUAUAUAUAUAUAUAUAUAUAUUGUUAAAAUUAAAGGAUUAUUUUUAUUAUGAUUAUUAUAUUAUAAUUAUAUUAUAAUAACAAGAAAUACUAUAAUUAAUGAAACGCGCGAUAAUUGCGUGUACAGCUUAUGGAUCCCAGCGUUCUUACGCGCUCUGUACCUACCUAUCUACUCGACGAUGGUUGCACCGGCGCGUGUGCGAUAUUAUCCGCUAUUGUUCUAGAUAGAUCGGAAAAUAUGUAGGCAGAGGAGCGUAUACGCGCGCGCACGCGCGUUCUCGUGAAAUAAAAAGCAGAGAGAAAGGAAAAAAAGAAAGAAGAGAGAGAGAGAGAGAGAGAGAGAGAGAAAGGGAGAGAAAGAGAGAGAAAGAGAUUAUGCCUCAGUGUAUAAGUAUGCGUGUAUGUGGCGUGUGCGUGUGCGAGAGAGAGAGAGAGAGAAGAAUUUAAUAAAAGAGAAAGGAAGAUAAAGAGAAAAGAGGAAUAAUAAUAGGGAGAACAAUUUUUUUACGAACGAUAAUUACAUCAUAGUUGGAUAAAUUAUGUGUAACUAUUAUACAAUACGGUGCUCCGCGUGCAAUGCACAGAAAAGAAUCUCUCAACUACCUGUAUAUUUGUGUUGUAAUCAUCGUUGCCGUUUAAUCUGGCCGGUUCCCUACGACGAUUAUUAACAAAAAUACAAAGUUAACAUUGAACAGCAA